CUAGUUGUGUUCAUAUUUGCAUCCCUUUUUGUUUAAACUUAUUGCAUAGUAACACAAAGUUUGCAUAGCAAGUGCAACUUCGCCCCAUCCUGUUGUUUUAAACUUAGCCUCGGGUUUUACUUUUGUCUACAAUUUUUUUUUUAUACCAUCAUUUUUAAGUGUCUUGGCAGGAGCAACAGAGCUAGGAAUUCUAACCCCUCUGAAAGAAUAUUGUUCAGCCCACCCCCUUCUUUAUAAAUAAAAUAAAUUUGUCUAAACAUGUCAGUGCUGAAAAACUGAUUUUGAGAAGCAAUGGGAAAACCUUGAGGACCUCUCCUUGGUCAUCAUCACCUUAUUAACCAAAUUAUCUUGUUGCGUUUUUGUCAAGGGACCCCCUGAAUCACUUUCUGCUUUUGCUCACUGUUUCUGAUGCUGAAGUUCUAAUUUCUCUCAUCCUGUGAUGGGGAAGUAAGGCACCCUGGGAGAUAUAGAAAAGCAACUUGGAUCAGUGGUUUUCAUGUCCUCUAGUCCUCUGCCAGUGAUGAUUUUUGUGUAAAGGUGUAUGAUCAGCCAGACAGCGAGGAGUACCUGAGACCAGGGAAGAUGCAUCGCAAUGUGUGCUUUGACCUGGAUCUUCACAGCGCUGAGGCCGCAGCAGGAAGUCCCGUGGAUGAGGGUGUGGUCGACCAUUUGUUACUGUCCCCAAUGGAAGACCAAAGCAGCAGUCAGAAGACCAGCUUGGAGGCCCUUGAAAUGGAGGGCCUUUCAACAGGUGGCAGAGCAGGGGACCCAAAGGACAUGAGGAAAAAGCCAAGCAGUCAAGGCUGUCAAAGUGGGCAGGGCAGGCAUGGCAAGAGGCAGAAUGAGAGUGGUUGGUCCAGGGCCACCCUGCAAGUGCUCUCCUCCAUGCCCAGCCACACCAUCAGCCGCAGCCAAAGUGCGAUCUUUUCAUUUUACUUCAACCGCCUGCAUAUCCGCCGCCAUCGCCAAAGUCUGUCCACCACACGAAACCUCUCCUGCUCCUUCCAGAUCAACCGGAAUGCCGGGCCUGAUUCAGAGCAAGAGGAGAGGGAAAGGCUGGCAAUAAACCUACAGAGACUGUCCACUGGUGACCGCGUGCGUCUGCUGCGGAAAAUGCCCCUCAGCUUGGCUGAGAAGUGUAAGCUCAGGAAAGGGACAGGUAACCAGAGAUGCACCCAGUCCAUUUCUGUUAGCAACAUGUCUCUGUGCAGCAGCAUCAAGUAUUACAGUGUCAUGGCCGUGCAGGUAAUCUGGUACAGCUGGCUGUCUUUUUUGAAGUCCCUCCACCUAUGGCAGGGAGUACAGAAGAAUGUGAGUGGGCGCUUUGGAACAGGUGUUCUCUCCUACUUCAUCUUUCUCAAGACCCUCCUGCUCUACAAUACCGUCCUCGUCCUCAUCAGCGGCAUCUUCCUUGCUGGCCCCCAGACGGUCCUUGCUCCUAUGCGCACAAGCACUAGUGCCAGGUUCACAGGCAAGGAGCUGCUCACAGGGAUGGGCUAUUUUACAGACUCAGUGAUGUUUUAUGGCUACUACACCAACUCUGUGCUGAGCUGUCAAUCAACAUUCGGUGGCUGUGGUUCGGGUGGUAGUUAUCUGGCUUCAUCCUACAACAUCCCUCUGGCUUAUUUCACGACCACUGGCAUAGCCUUUUUUGUCACCUGUCUUUUUCUGGUGUAUAGCGUGUCCAGAUCCUCUUGUUGGAAUUCUGCCACAUGCAAAUCCCAACACAGUGUGGCUGCAAAGGUGUUCUGCUGCUGGGACUUCAAGAUCUUCAAGAAGACAUCGGUAAGACUGCAAUCGGAGAGCAUCUGCAUGCAGCUGAAGGUAAUUCGCCUGGUUCAGGUCCCACAAAAGUCACUGCUGUUGUACCAUUGGCAAAGCAACAAGUUCUCUCAGAUCUUCUGUAGAAAGGUCCUCAGCACAUGGUUGCAGCAGCACCUCAGCAUCCUCACCCUUAGCUUUUUCAAAUCCCACCUCCUUUUCAAGAGCAACGAGCUGCAGCCCAAAGACACCUGCAAUAACACUGGUGCAGGUGUGCUGAAGACGUUGCUACGGAAAGGACUGCAUAUGCUGGUGUGGGUUAUGUUCAUGGGCAGCGCAGUGGCCUGCUUAGUCUUCGUCCACAAUUUCUCAGAGCCUACGAUGGUGAUUCAUAAGGAUGAGGAUUUGCCAAAGGAGUGGGCCACUUUGAUGGUUGUGCCCAUCACUGUGUCUGUCGUAAGCAUGCUGCUGCCCAUCUUCUUCAGCAUUCUGGCCUAUUUGGAGUGGUACGACUCUCCCAGUUGGUGUACGUAUGUCACCAUCUUUAGGAAUUUGCUCCUGAAAGUGAUGAUGCUGGGACUGCUGUGCUACUACUGGCUGGGAAAAAUAGCCAAAUCCCCAAAGAGCCUCGGGUUACAGUGUUGGGAGAGCUUCGUUGGCCAGGAGUUGUAUCGCUUGCUGAUGAUGGACUUCCUGCUCACUGUAGUGAAAACGCUGUUUGGCGAAUUCCUCUGGAGGCUGAUAACACAGGGGCUGCUGAGGAGAAAGCCAGAAUUUGACAUCCCCCAGAACAUGCUGGAGCUCAUAUACGGGCAAACUCUCAUCUGGCUGGGUCUUCUGUUCUCACCAUUACUUCCUGCAGCCCAAAUCGUCAAGCUGCUCAUGAUUUUCUACAUUAAAAAGGCCAGCUUGAUGAGGAACUACCAAGUUUCCCAGACACCCUGGAAGGACAAGAAGAUGACUUCUUUCUUUCUCUCAGUGCUGUGUUUCCCCUUCUUCUCGGGGGCUCUUGUAUAUGUCAUCUAUGCCAUGUCGACCCUGAAGCCUUCAGGAGCCUGUGGGCCAUUUAGGAACCUGGUCACCAUGUCUCAGUCAUUAAACCAAUGGAUCGAAAGGCUGAAGAUCACCAACCCUGGGCUCAGUUGGGCCUACAUGUACCUGGUGAAAAAACCCCUCUUCCUCUUCAGCAGCAUUUUCUUAGUUAUAAUUUACUUUCACACACAAGUAGUAGAUGGUCAAAGGAAGAUUAUCAGCCUUUUAGAGGAGCAGAUUGAAAAUGAGGGGAAGGACAAAAAGUUCCUCAUCUGUAAGAUACAAGCCUUACACAAACAGACACGGCCACAUCCUGCCUGCAGUGGGAGAUGCAGAAGCGGCAAGGAUGCAGUGGAUGACAUCUAAGGCAGACAAGCUUGAGAGAGAAGCUGGAAGACAAAUCUUAUAAGGGCCUCUUUUGGACACAGUAGUGCUCCAUUGUACAGUGUUGCUACGCCAUGAGAUUGCUGGACAUUUUACCCUGAGCCUCAGUGGACAAGUAAAGAAAGAACAGCCCUUUACCCAGAAGAGGAAACACCCUGUUUACAGAGGAAGUUUAUAGCUUUUCUCCCAGUUAGGUCUUGCUGUUCUACUGUUUUUCUCAGGAAGAAGAAAAGAUGACUGGUUCAUAACUGAACUUUAAGCUCUGUUACCUGGGAGUGUACCUGUUUCUCUUAUUAUUUUAUACAUUAAGCUACUUUCA